CAAUACCAUCUUCAGCUGUGUUUUUUUCGUUAGACUUCGUGGUAUAAAAUGUCCUUAUUAUUGACCAGAUUCAUUCAAUACCACGAUUUAGGACGUAGAUUUGUAUUAAUAGGUCCUCAAAGUAUAUCUCGUGGUAUUUUCCUGUGCAGGACUUUUAGUGACUCGUCAGGCUUUACACACGAUUUCGAAGACGAACAACCAGAGACAAGCGAAGUCUUGAAGCAUUUGCGCCAAAAACAUCACUACCACGGGAUCACAGAGAAAGAAAGGGAAUAUCAAGAUGUGAUGGUGAUAGAACCAGAUUAUAAGUGGGGUAGACAUAGAUUUCAAAAAUCCACAGUUGAUCAUCGUCUGGGCGAAGCAUGUGGACUUGUGCAUUCAAUAAGUAACUGGAGAGUCAAGGCAAAAUAUAAAGAACCUCUACGAAAAAUAGAUAAUAACAUGUUCUUUGGAAAGGGUAAAGUAGAGGAACUCACAGAACGCAUUCAAGAUAUCAAGAAAUCUAAUGGGGGAAUUUUGGAUGUUGUGUACCUUGAUGUUGGUCGGCUAUCCACUAGGCAGUAUAGAGAACUAGAAAGCUUGUGGGAUGUAAAAGUUCUUGAUAGGUUUGGUAUUGUGCUGCAAAUUUUCAAGGAGAGAGCAAAGACGGGAGAAGCUAAAAUACAAGUAGAGCUUGCUGAAAUACCUUACUUAAGGUCCCGUCUCGUUGGGGAUGAGUCAGUUGAGUACGACCAACAACGAGGAGGAACACACUACAUUGGAGGUGGUGGGGAAACACAACUGGAAAAGGAGAGAAGAAUUCUGUCUGAAAGAGAAUCAAAGCUAAAGAAAAAAUUAGAGUCUUUGAGAAAACACAGGGAUCAUGUUCACCAAGAAAGAAACAAAAGACAUGUGCCUAUUGUAGCAGUGGUGGGGUAUACUAAUGCUGGAAAGACUACUUUGAUAAAAUCUCUGACUGGAGAUGCUAAGAUGCAGCCAGAUAACAAGCUGUUUGCAACACUUGAUGUCACAGCACAUGCCGGAAAGCUGCCAUCAGGAAUGCAUGCUCUCUUUGUCGACACUGUUGGAUUUAUCUCUGACCUCCCCCCAGAAUUGGUUGAAUCAUUCUCUGCAACAUUGGAGGAUGUGGUUGUCUCGGAUGUUGUAGUACACGUGCGAGACAUAAGUCACCCAGAUAAGGACACACAAGACGACGAUGUCAAAUCUAUACUCACUGAUCAGCUGAAGGUCCGUCCAUCUCUGGUGGAGCACAUCAUCGAAGUCAAUAAUAAAAUCGAUCUUUGUUCAGAAGAAGCCCUACACGAAAUGGUUCCCCACAUCGGAGCGCAAGAGAUAAAUAUAUCUGCAGUUAAUGGCACUGGUUUAGAUAAACUGCGAAAAAGAAUAGAAGAAGGGAUUAUCAAAACAACUGGACGAAUGGUUAGAAAGGUUGUCAUACCACCUGGUGGACCACAGCUCAGUUGGUUAUAUCACGAAGCCGUAGUACACGAAACUGAGGCUGAUGAGGAUGGUUUCUUAACCGCUACAGUCAUCAUGGACGAAGCGACAAACAAAAAGUUUGAGAAAAAAUUUGGAGACAUUUUAUCUCGAUAAUAGACAUUUAUUACUGAAGUUAAAUUUUGUCAA